AUGUUGAACCCAAAUUCUCUGCAACCGCCUAAAACUGGCUCAUCUCGCUGGUCGAAAGCCCUUCCUGAUGUCCCAGGUCCUGACGAUCCAAGUUUUUAUGACGAUUAUUAUGAGGAACCUUCCCCUCGUCUACCUCCCGCCAAAGAGCUUCCACCACCUCCGCCGCGCUCGACUAGUAUAGCCAACGCGAAGUCGUUGCCUCCAUCACUGCCGCCGUUACAUCUGCUUGCGGUUGAUUCCCCUCCAUCUGGUCCGCCCAAAAUGGCUAUUCCACGCCGGCCCAUCGGGAAGCUGCCUGCAAACCCACCACCACUACCUCAGAAAGAGCCGCAGCAACCAAACUCAUCACAGAUUCCCCCAUCACCUUCGGAAUCACUAUCGAGUAUUCUGUCGGCAUAUUCACGCUCGUCCGGCGAAUCCCUUGUCAGGUCGCCCUACGAAGCCGACGACAGUGUCCGUCAGAGUGAGGCAAUCUCAUCGCCGGGCCACCAAGCUCCACCCGCCAACAUCAACACCGGCACAUUUAUCAGUCCCUCCGCCCAGCAACAACAGCAUCAUCAUCAACAGCAACAACCGCAACAGUAUGUUGCCCAGAAGUUGCCCGCCAACAACACUCGACCACCCCCAUUACCCUCUAAGGACACCAAAUAUCACCUUCCAGCCACGCCUGCUCCUGUUCGAAAACCAGUCCCGGAGAACAAGCUGCCUGAACUGAACUCAGCGUCGUCGCCUUCUUCCCAGCAGCAGCCUCAACCUCAGCUUUGGCGUCGCCGGUCGUCAAAGGCCGAGCGGAGCCUAGAGCUUCCCGACCUGAAGCUUGUUGCUAGCCACGGGUCUACCGCUGCAACGCAGCCAGUUGUCGCACAACCACAUGUUCAACAACAGCCUUCUUCAAGCGGACCUAAAGUCUCCUCAAUACCAAAUUGGCAGCCUGGGAGCACCAACCCCAUAGCGCCUGCUGGUCAGGACUUCCAAACGUCGCCAGCCGCUGAGCAGGUGCCCGACACCCCGACCAUGGGGAUUAAUAGUUCCAAACUGAACCGUCUCAAAGGAAAACUUCAUCUUCAUCGUAGGGGGAAAUCAUCGGGUGACACAAGCAAGUCUUCCUCAACGCCACGACCUGGGGCAAAUCGCCCCCCCACGCCUGAAUAUCAAAAGGAAGACAUCAAGACUCCCGUUGUUGAUUCCUUUAUUUCACCUUUGUCGCCCGCUUCAUCACCAGAGCCCGCUGCGCAGGUUUCCCCAGAAAUUCCAACUGACGUCACAAGUAUAUUUCCUCACGCACAAACCCGAGAAUACCUAAAAAGUACUGGUAGCAUCACACGUAAGGCUGUGCAGGUCCCUAAGCUACCGAGCCCUUCGGAGGAUAAGCCGGUCUCUGCCUCGCCAGAGGCGGCAUCGUUACCACCUUCAGUCACUGAUUCAAGGGGAAGUCGUGGAUCCUCUGGCAGUGACACUGUUGUUCACCAAGUCCAGCCUCCUACGGAAGUUUCAAAUCGGUUCCCACCACGACAUUCAUCCGUAAAGUCGAAUGCCCCUCCACGACAGUUGGCAGUUGAACACGAUCCGAGACUGGUGCCGUCCGAGUCUCAGGGACCUCUUUACAGAGGUAGAGAUGGUACCCUAUAUCCUGAGAUGAAGGUACUGCAGGAACCCGACCCACGCGCGGCCUACUUCCCCAAACAGUCCGAGUCACCUAUACCGGAAGGUACUAUCUUCAAGGCGCCGGCGCUGAAAAAGUCCCAUUUCAAUUGCUACCAUGGCCAUAAGACAAUGAACCGCCGGACUAACAAAUAUUAUCCGUUGACUUGCCAAACGUGCGAUAAGUCGGAUGUUGAAGAUAGAUGGACUUGCAGUUUUUGUCAUCUACGAAUAUGCGAGCACUGCGUGAAGAAGCUUAACAACAAUGGCAAUGACCUGCGCCGACUGGUCAGCCACCCACAACUCACAUCAUAA